AAUAAACAUGGCGGGUACAGUACCGGAAGGCUAGAUGUUGAAUGAAUUUAUUUGUAUAACUUUCUAAUGAUGGCAACACAAAAACCAGGAGAAUGGGUGCAGGCACUGAUCAGUCGAUUUGAUGCUCAGCUGCCUAUCAAGACAGGCUUACAUACAACACAAUCCAUACAGAAUGUAGAACAGAACAAAGAAUGUCUGAUUAAUGUUAGCAAGUACAAGUUCAGAGAAGUCAUCAAUGGUCUUACAAAGACACUGCAGUCUGUUUCCAGUAUGAGAAUUAUUGGUCCAGAGGCAGAAAGGAAUUACUUUGAAUCUCAGUUGAUAAUCCUAGACACACUAGAGCAAGUACUUAAUUCACAACCAAAAGAUACGUCAAGACUUGAUGAAGCCAUCUAUGUCAAGCUGUUACUGCCAGAAAUUUGUAAGUUUCUGAACCAGUCAACAGACACACCAAACACAUUGGUAUUACAACUAAAGAAUCUGUCAUCCAAGGUCCUGUUUGCUCUCAGUCUCAACAACUUUGGAGCUGUUUUCAACAGAAUAUCUGCAAAGUUGACAUCAUUAUCGAGUGCCAGUGAUGACCCAGAUCUGUCAGAUUUAGAAUUGAUUCAACACAUAAACGUAGAUGUCCUCAGACUCAUAAAGUUAUUCAAUGAUAUUAAUUCCAAGUUUAAAUUCUUAAAGAACAAGCAUGUUAUUACUCUGGCAUAUAAUCUGGAGAAGGCAAUCUGGAUGUGGAUGGAUAACUAUCCUGAAGAAUUCACAGAACUACAGAAAAAGCCAAAUGAUGAACUUCAAGAUUGUUGUGAUAAGUUAUUUGACCAGUUUAAUCAGUGUAUGGAGAAUUCCAAGAAGAAAGCUGCUAUUUGGCCAUUACAGAUGAUGUUGUUGGUCUUGUGUCCUAAAAUUUUGGAAGAGAUAAACAAUGCAGACAAUGGAGCUCCCUGUUCAGCACAACAUCUCAAAAAGAAACAUUUCAUAGAUGAGGUAAAGAAAGCCAUUUCACCACAUCAUGCAGGAUCCAAGUUGACAGAGGGAGCUGCAGUCACAUGUGUUCGUCUUUGUAAAGCAUCCACAUACAUCAGCAUCAAUGAUCGUUUAAAUGUUUUAUUUAGUCUGGUUCAAUCUGUUAUUAAUGAUCUCAAGCAAUUAUUGUUUAACCCGCCACCCAACACCAAGCCAUUUUCCCGUGGACAGAGUAUCGUUGACCUGGAUUUAUAUAAUGACUGUUUUGUAUCAUGUUUUCGUAUCACACCACACAACAAUGAUGUGCUCAAAGUGUGUCUUCACCCAAACUCGCCGCCCAUCUAUCAUUUUGUUCUAGUCAAUGCAUUACACAGAAUCAUUACUCAGCCAAGACUGCCCUGGUGGCCAAACAUUACUAUCAUCUAUGGCAAAGCAGCAGAGUUACGGAACAUGUUUACAGACACAUUAAACAAAGUUACACAAGGAAUGGCAGCCCACACAGCACCUAAAUCAGUUGGUGUAUUCCUGCCAUAUCUGUCAUUUCAGACCAUAUCUAAGUUAACAUUACAGAAGAUAAAUAAAACUACAGAUGAGACUAUGACAACGUACAGAUAUCUUCUGUUGUGGAUUGUACGGCUUAUCCAUGAUGAUCCAAAUCUGAUGUUACAUAAUCAGGGUAAACCUGGCCAUGAAGUACAGAGUAGUACACUAGAACUGAUGAAUGGACUUGUGUCACUGGUCCAUCAACAAUGUAUGCCCGAUGUAUCAUCAGAAGCUAUGGAGGCGUUAUUGUGUUUACAUCAGCCAGAGAACAUAGAGUUGUGGAAUCCAGAAUCACCUAUCCAUACAUUCUGGGAUGUCAGUUCACAGGUGUUGUUUUCAAUAUCACAGAAACUGAUCCAAAGACAGUUGGCUAAUUACACAGACAUUCUCAAAUGGCUUCGUGAAAUCCUCGUCUGUCGUAAUAUCUUCCUGAACAAAAACAGUGCCAAUGCUAACAUUGGAAAUAAUAAAACUAUCUGCAUACAUAUCAAAUUAGAGGUUGUGUUUUUCAUGUAUUUAUGGAGUAUAGAUAUUGAUGCUGUAUUGACUGCCAUGUCAUGUUUUAGUUUAUUGUGUGAGGAAGCAGAUAUCAGAUGUGGGGCUGAUGAGAUGGCCGUCACACAGAUUUUACCAAACUACAAUGUCUACGCUGAUUUAGCCCAGGCCAGUACCGUCUUAACCACAGGAAGAGCUGCCCUACAGAAAAGAAUCAUGGCCUUACUCAGGAAGAUAGAUCAACACACGUCAGGUAAUUCACAAGCCUGGGACGACACUUACAGAAACUGGGAUCUCAUCACACAGUAUUUAGAGACCUUCCCUAAAGAUCCCAAAGUCAAGAUGGAGGAAUGCCAAGCCCCUGGACUGGGAGCUAGUAAUCCCAUAAAGAGGAAACCUCCACACCAUGCCAGCACUGAACACGAACUUGAGGACCAAUUGAAUGAAUGGGCUAACAUGACAGGAUUUUUAUGUGCUCUGGGUGGAGUUAGGCUACAGAACAAACCACACAGAAUCAGUGCUACAAGUAUACCCAGUGGUCUGGACUCUAGAAAGACAAGUUUGAUGCAGAGUUGUGGAGAUUCUCAGUACUGCCCUGUCACACAGUUCAUCAGUAAUUUACUGAAGUUAUUAGUUUGUCAGAAUGAAAAGUUUGGUGCUCAGAUACAGAAGCAUGUAAAGGAACUGGUUGGUCAUGAACUGAACCCAGCUCUAUUUCCCAUACUGUUUGAUCAAAUCAAAGUUUGUGUGGAUAAAUUCUUUGAUCCAUCUGGUCAGGUAAUAGUGACAGAUUUGAAUACUCAGUUUAUAGAAAAUGUCAUAUUCAUCAUGAAGAACAUCUUAGAAAUCAAAACAGAUCAGCCUUGUGAUAAUGUUGGUGUUACUAGUAUUGAAUCACUCAUGUUAGCUAUUGUCAGGUAUGUCAGACAUCUAGAUUCAACAGUUCAUGCCAUACAGAUAAAGAUCAAACUCUGUCAGUUGGUAGAAACCAUGAUGCAGAGACGAGACGACCUCACAUUCAGACAGGAAAUGAAGUUCAGGAACAAAUUAGUGGAAUACUUAACUGACUGGAUCAUGGGGAAUUCCCACCAGGUCAAUAUUGGGGACAUCUGCAGUAUGUCAAGGCGACCAACACGAACAGCUAUUCAGAGAAUCAUCCAUUCCAAUCAAACCACCAAUCAGGGUUCAAAUAAAGCUCCCACGCCUUUAUUUCUGCGAUCACAAACAGAUGUGGAUUUAGACCAAGCCAGUAUGGAAGCAGUAGCUGCUUUGUUAGCUGGACUACCUCUACAGCCAGAGGAAAGUGAUAGAGGAGAUCUGAUGGAGGCUAAAUCUCAACUCUUCCUCAAGUAUCUGACAUUAUUUAUGAACUUGUUGAACGACUGUUCAGAAGAGGAACAAGAUACAGCUAUGGAUCCAAACAGAAAGCGUAGCACGUCUAAUCUGAGUGCUCUACGUAACUGUACGGUACAAGCCAUGUCUAACUUACUCAAUGCUAACAUUGACAGUGGAUUGAUGCACUCAAUUGCCUUGGGGUACCACAAAGAUCCUCAGACCAGAGCAGCUUUCAUGGAAGUGUUGACCAAGAUUUUACAACAGGGAACAGAGUUUGAAACAUUAGCUGAGACAGCUCUGGCAGACAGAUUUGAAAGACUGGUUGAACUGGUAACCAUGAUAGGUGAUAAAGGGGAGCUACCCAUCGCCAUGGCAUUGGCUACUGUUGUACCUACUCAGCAAAUGGAUGAGCUUGCCAGAGUAUUUGUUAAUUUAUUUGAUGCCAAGCACCUGUUGUACCAGCUUUUGUGGAACAUGUUCUCCAAAGAGGUAGAAAUAGCUGACUGUAUGCAGACAUUAUUCAGGGGUAACAGUUUGGCCAGUAAGAUCAUGGCAUAUUGUUUCAGAUUUUAUGGCCAGCAGUACUUACGAGAUUUACUGUAUCCAUUGAUUAUGGAAAUGGUUGUCAUGGAGAAAGAACAAAAGGAAUCAUAUGAAAUAGAUCCUAAAAGAAUAGAGGAAGGAGAAAAAUUAGAAGACAAUAAAAGACAUCUCAUGCUGAUCACACAGAAAGUAUUCAAUGCCAUUGUGGAAUCGGCUCAAUCGUUUCCAUCAAAACUACGGAGUAUGUGCCACUGUUUAUACCAAGUCGUGGUUCAGCGAUUUCAGCAAAGUAGCGCUGAAGCCGUGUGGACCGUCAUAGGAACGGUUAUAUUUUUACGAUUCAUCAACCCUGCUAUAGUGUCGCCAUACGAAUCUGGUAUAAUCGAUGAGGAGCCAUCAACCAAAGUGAAACGUGGAUUGACGUUGAUGUGUAAGAUCAUGCAGAACAUUGCCAACCAUCUCCUGUUUACCAAGGAAACACACAUGAGGACGUUCAAUGACUUCCUCAAAACAAACUUUGAAGCUGGGAGAAGAUUUUUCACAGAGAUAGCAUCAGACUGUGACAUUCCAGAUACUGGUAACCACAGCCUCUCUUUCAUCAAUGAUGCCAAUGUUCUUGCUCUUCACCGCCUGCUCUGGAAUAAUCAAGAAAAAAUUGGCGAUUAUUUAUCCAGUAGCAGGUAUACAGGAGAAAAAAGAGAUCACAAAGCUGUUGGAAGAAGACCAUUUGACAAGAUGGCUACUUUACUGGCCUACUUGGGACCACCAGAACACAGGCCGUUGGACUCACAAAGCCUUGUGUCUUGUAGGUGGAGCAGUAUGGAUAUGACCAGCACAAAGUUUGAAGAGAUCAUGUCAAAACACAACAUGCAUGAAAAGGAUGAAUUCAAAUCUCUGAAAAAUCUCCACAUAUUCUACCAAGCUGGGACCAGUAAACAGGGACACCCUGUCUUCUACUAUAUCGCUAGGAGAUACAAAGUUGGAGAAAUAAAUGGUGAUUUGUUGAUCUACCAUGUGCUAUUGACACUGAAGCCAUUUUACAAUAAACCAUUUGAGCUAGUUAUAGACUUCACACAUACAUGUGCUGAAAACAGAUUCAGAACUGAUUUCCUGUCAAAAUGGUUUGUGGUAAUGCCAGAAGCUGUGUAUCAAAACAUUGUGCAGGCGUACAUCUACAACUGUAAUUCCUGGGUUAGAGAGUAUACCAAAUAUCAUGACAGGAUCCUGACUCCUCUAAGGGGUAACAGAAAGUUGGUGUUUAUUGACCAUCCUGCAAAGCUACAUGAGUUUAUAGAACCAGACCAGAUAAAGUUACCAGGAUCAACAUUGUCUCUGGAAGAAGAUCUCAAAAUCUCUAACAAUGCACUCAAACUGUCUCAUAAAGAUACCAAAGUUACUAUAAAGGUUGGUCCUAAUGCCAUACAGAUAACAUCAGCAGAGAAGUUGAGAGUUCUGGGACACCAGGUUUUGUUAAAUGAUGUCUACUAUGCUUCAGAGAUAGAGGAGGUGUGUUUAGUAGAUGAUAACCAGUUCACCCUGACAAUAUCCAAUGAGAGCGGACCAUUAUCGUUUAUUCAUAAUGACUGUGACAACAUUGUACACGAUAUCAUACAUAUCAGAACACGAUGGGAACUCUCACAGCCUGACACUGUAACGGUCCAUACAAAGAUUAGACCUAAGGAUGUCCCUGGAACGUUAUUGAAUGUAGCUCUGUUAAACUUAGGCAGCUCUGAUCCUAGUCUUAGAUCUGCUGCAUACAAUUUAUUGUGCGCUCUUACUCAGACAUUUGAUCUCAAAAUAGAGGGACAGCUUUUAGAAACAACAGGUUUAUGUAUACCUGCCAACAACACCAUCUUUAUCAAGACAAUCAGUGAGACUUUGGCAGCUAAUGAGCCUCAUCUGACGUUAGAGUUUCUAGAGGAAUGUAUUCAGGGAUUUGGCAACUCUAACAUAGAACUGAAGCAUUUGUGUUUAGAGUACAUCACACCAUGGUUACCAAAUCUUACCAGGUACAUAAGUCAACAUUUAGAUGAUGAUUAUAAACAGCAAAGGUUUUGUCGUCAUACAGAUGAAAACAAGCGCCAGAAAGUGGCGUUGAUUCUUGACAAACUAAUUACAAUGACUAUAGAGGAAGUUGAGAUGUAUCCAUCUAUACAAGCCAAGAUUUGGGGAAACAUUGGCCAGGUUGCUGAUCUCUUAGACAUGGUUCUGGAUAGCUUUAUUAAGAGGAGUGUGACAGGAGGAUUAGGAUCCAUACAGGCAGAAAUAAUGGCAGACACAGCUGUGGCUUUGACGUCUGCUAAUGUACAACUUGUGUCAAGAAAAGUCAUUGGACGAUUAUGCAGGUUGAUAGACAAGACAUGUACCUCACCAACACCCACUCUAGAACAACAUCUGAUGUGGGACGACAUAGCCAUCUUAGCCAGAUAUCUACUCAUGUUGUCAUUCAAUAACUCAUUAGAUGUUGCCAGCCAUUUGCCAUUUUUAUUCCACAUUGUGACAUUACUUGUAUGUACAGGACCAUUGUCUCUGAGAGCCUCCACACAUGGACUUGUUAUCAACAUAAUCCAUUCUCUGUGUACAUGUUCACAGCUUAAUUUCAAAGAAGCGACAUUGAAGGUAUUGAAGAUGAGCCUUGCAGAGUUUUCCUUGCCAAAAUUCUACCAGUUGUUUGGUAUCAGUAAAGUAAAAUCUGCCGCAGUCAGUGCAUUCCGUACAAGUUUCCGACCAGGAGAUCGGUCCUUCACCAUGUCGGCACCAGAACAUGAGAAAUUGUCACUUAGUUCAUUAGAAACAAUUGUUGAUGCUCUGUUAGAAAUUAUGGAGUUUGACCAGUGUCAAUUUCAGGCUAGUGUUAAAGACAUUCCAAAUUGUGAUUGGUUACAACAGUGGACUGAUCUUUCAAAAAGAUUUGCAUUCCAGUAUAAUCCAGCCUUACAACCAAGAGCUAUUAUUGUGUUUGGUUGUAUAAGUAAAACUGUCACAGACUCAGAAGUUAAACAGUUACUUAAAAUCAUGAUGAAGGCAUUAGAAUCCUUUACAGACCUUGUGUUGAUCGAAGCCAUUGUCAUGUGUCUCACCAGGUUACAGCCUUUACUUCGAUCUGAUUCUCCGAUCCAUAAAUUCCUAUUCUGGGUAGCUAUAUCUGUGUUACAACUAGAUGAGAUAUCACUAUACGCUGCAGGCCUGGCUUUGUUGGAACAAAAUUUACAUACUCUUGAUAACAUGGGACUGUUUGAUAUAAAGCCAUUAGAGGUCAUCAUGAUUGAGACAAGAGAGCCUUUAGAAUGGCACUUCAAACAGCUGGAUCAUGCCAUGGGUCUCAGCUUCAAAGCCAAUUUUAAUUUUGCUUUGGUUGGUCAUUUACUCAAAGGAUUCAGACAUCCUCAGGCAACGACUGUCUCCAGAACAAUACGGGUUCUAAACCAACUUUUGUCCAUUACUGUCAAACCAACAAACAGGGACAAGUUUGAGGUGACUCCCCAAACAGUUCCAUAUUUAGCAGCUUUAGUAUCCGUGUCUGAAGAGGUUCGUAGUCGAUGUCAUCUAAAACACAGAAUCAGUCAGUACAUGAUGACAGAGUCUCCGUCUAGUGAUAGCCUCAAUGCAGAAAUCCCUCAGAUGUCUACCACACCAGGUGGCAGUUCAAACAGUUCAUCAGGUUCUGGUCAGUCAAUGCCAUCAACUCCAGCACCCCCUGUUCCACCAACAACUGUACCUACAGCACAAAAUAAUACUCUGCCCAUGGCAACACCCACUCCUAAACGACAGAAAAGCUGGGAUCUGUUAGACCAGUCAGCAAUGAAUACAGCCAGAGGAAUGCAGAAAGGAAAUACUCAUUUAUCACAAGGGCAGCCAGCAAAUAGUCCCAAGGUAUGUUGGAGAAGCCUAGACAGUGAACCAGUCAGACCUCCCCUAUCCAAAACAAACAGAAGUAGUUCCAUGCCAUUGCCAUGCUCAAAGAAAGAUGUUAAAUCUGGGCUGGCAGUGAGAGUUGGUCGAGGAUCUGUAUCUAAUGAAAACAAUGUUUUACUAGAUCCUGAAGUCCUAACAGAUUAUCCUACACAAGUCUUAGUGUUAACAGUGCUGGCCACAUUAGUACGGAACACUACAGAUGAAAAUGAGGCCAGAAUUUUAUACGAGUAUUUGGCAGAAGCUUCUGUAGUUUUUCCUCGAGUAUUCCCGGUUAUACAUUCAUUGUUAGAUGCGAAGAUAAACAAUGUGUUAUCCUUGUGUCACGACCAAGCCAUUCUAAAUGCUGUACAGAGUAUUAUACAAAAUAUGAUAGCCUGUGAAGAUGUGUCACAGCAACAGCUCUCAUAUCUACAAAGUAUUGGUUUUGGUGGCCUAUGGAGAUUUGCUGGGACAUUUACCAAGUCUGCUCCAAGUGACACUGCAGAACUAUUAGUCAAUUGUUUAGAAGCUAUGAUGAUGGAAAACUGUUUGCCUGGUGAUGACCUUGACAUUUUGAAUCCAUACCCAAGCUCAUUGGGGAUCUCAUCAAAUUUGAAUCUGUCUAGUUCGAUGUCAAGUUUGAGUGUCAGUAGCAUGCAUUCUCCGACAGAUAAGGAAAAUGUGGACAAAAAUGGUGCGGCUGGUGGAAAUCGUAUGCGGCAUGGUUCUGCCAAUAAUAUCCAAUCAAAGAACAGGACGGGAAGUUUCAAAAGAAAGGACAGUAAAAAGAAAGCAAACAUUGAAGCCAUUGAAUGACUGUAUACCUGUUGUACUGGGGUUGUCUAGUUGUUCUUCAUUUGUCUUUCAUUCCGUUGUUAUUGAGGCCCAUUUUGGGGAAUUUUUACUCUCAAAUAAGAAAUAUCUCAAAUUUUUAUGUUUACAUUUUUGUCUAAUUUGUUACAAUUCAUCAUGGAAACAUUACAGAAGCUUAUACUCAUUUACAUUGUACAUUGUAAAACAAUUGUAAAUCUCAAAUUUUCCCAAUGUGGGCCUCUUCUAUUUGCUUGUUAGUGCUAUAGUUGAUCUAUAUGUGAGAGAGUGAGAGGGAGAACAUUUUUGUAAAGGGAAUGGUUGUGAGUGGAAAGAAUUUAUCAAGAUUAGGUAUAUAUUUAGGACUAUUCCAUUUAAUGAAUGUGGGAGGGCAGGAAGGGAUGUUGUUUUUUUAUGCCCCGCCUACGAUAGUAGUAGGGGCAUUAUGUUUUCUGGUCUGUGCGUCCGUUAGUUCGUUCGUUCGUCUGUCUGUCCUGUGUCAGGUUUAAGUUUUUAGUCAAGGUAGUUUUGAUGAAGAUAAAGUACAAUCAACUUGAAACUUAGUACACAUGUUCCCUUUGAUAUGAUCUUUCUAAUUUUAACCCAAGAUUUGACCCAAUUUCACGAUCCACUGAACAUAGAAAAUGAUAGUGCGAGUGGGGCAUCCGUGUACUAUGGACACAUUCUUGUUUUGACAUGGGUCGUAGUUCAAUUAUGGUUGUUUAUAUAUUAAUAUAAAUGUAUGCAAAAUUAUCCAAGAAAGUAUGUUGGUUGUUGAUAGACCUUUCAAGUACCCGAUCAUACAUUACUUACUUACUGCCCUGUACGCCAUUGGUAUUAAAAUGGAAUAGCCCAAAUGGUGAAAAUAUACUGUAUUGUUAUGUUAAGUUGGUUAUGAGACUUUUUGAAAGUAAACCAAUCAUUUUUUACGUUGCUGACAACAGUCCCGAUAUUACAACUUAAAGAUAAGGUAGUGUAAGGACCAUUUUGGCCCCUAUCUAACAUGUUUUUUGGGAUAGACCUUUCUCAUUCAGUGAAAUUGGGUUAAGAUUCAUUUGCCUGUUCAUAGAUUAAUCUUGAUAAAAUACACUCUUUCUGUGUGUAUUUUCUGUUUCUUUCUGUAUAUAAUUGAAAUGUUAUAUAUUCAGGGAGGCUUAUAGUAACUGUAUCAAUUGGAAGCUAGAAUAGCUGUAAGUAUAGCUCAGGAAUUAAUACCAGGCUCCAAAUUUAGCAUAGAAUGGUAUAUGGUUUCCUAUUUGAAAAUAUCAUACCAAGUGCAAAGAUAUUCAAAAUUGUUGAAAAAGGGAGAUAAUUUUUACAAUUGUUAUGAGGGCAAAGAUUGGCCUUUAUAUUAUCUAUUAAGUAAGUGAUAUUAAGUAAGUGAUAUUAUGUUAGAACAUAAGAUGUUUCAAAUAGGUUUUUUUUUAUGAACUUUAAGUCCCAUUCAAAGAGUCUUGUAGUCCUAGAAAUAAAGAAGAUAUGUUUUCUCAUUUGCAGAAACUAACAAAGAUUCUGGUGCAUCAAAAGUGCAAUAAAAAUUUCAUAACACCUCUUCUCAGGUAUGCAUUUUUUGUGUCUGCCACUAAGUCAUUGAUACAUAAUUUAUCAAAACAUUUUUUGUUACUAGAUUAUGACAUAAUAAAUCAGUUUGUUGCAUAUUUACAGUGAAAAACAUUCAGGGGGGGUCUCUUCCUAUAUAAAUGUAUACACAGACAUGCCGCUGGUAUGGGUCACUUCAUUUGAUGUUAAAUGUAUCCAUGGUGUGCAAUUUCAGGGAGAUAAUAUAUCAAUGGGUGGAAAUCUACUGUGGAUUUAUUAUGAUUUGUUGGAUACCAAUUUUCGUGGAUUUCGUGGGUAAAGGUGAACCACGAAUUCAAAUGUCCAACGAAGAACAAAUUUUCUAAAGGCUUGUAGGCACACUUUGGCAAAACCACGAUAUCAAAUAUCCACGAAAAUAAAUGAAUCCACAGUAUUUGUCAAUAGGUCAUAUAUAUUCUACUUCUGAUAAGAAAUCUGUAAAAACUGUGUUCUUAUCUUUUUAUCUAAUAAUAUGAACGAUCCCAUAUGGUUAAUGUUUAAAUAAGAUGUCAUAAUAGCUGGGAAAUAUAUAUAAAUGGGUUGUGAUUUUCCUAUGAAAUAGUUGAAUGGUAGGGAGUUUUGCAUGAUUCAAAAUAUGAAUGGGGGUGUUUUUUAAACACAAGCUGGAUGUCUGUUCCCAAAAUUGUAUGUUGAGACCCCACAUGAAUUCAUUCAGUUGUAACGGUUUACAGCAAUUAUGUUUUUGAUUUAAAUCAGUGAAAUCUCAAGAUUUCCUGAUGAGAAUAUAGAGAUGAGAGGUAUACCCCAUCAAUGAGCAGUCAACCCAACAACACAAAAUCCAAUGAUUUUAUUAUUUGCUUCCAACUUCACCUGGUAAUUUCAGACACUCUCUGGUUAGAUUUCUUAUCAUCUCUCGACUGGAACAAGAUGGGUCAGAGAGGGAAAUCUUACCCUGGGUCAUUUAACUUGGACAUGCAGCACCAGAGACGAGGACAUCUUACCCUGGGUCAUCUCUCAAAUGGGACAAGAUGGGUCAGAGACGGAGAAUUCUUACCCUGGGUCAAGCAGGGUGGGAUACAGGGAAAUCUAACCCUGGAUCAACUGACUAGGACAAGCUGGGUCAGAGAAAGUGAAAUCUUAUCCUGGGUGGUCCAGCUGCUACAAGCUGGGUCAGAGACAGGGACAUCUUACCCUGGGUCAUCUUUGGACUGGGACAAGCGGGGCCAGGGACAGAGAAAUCUUACCAUAGGUCAUCCGUCUGGGACAAGCUGGGUCAGAGAAAGUGAAAUGGUACCCUGGGUCAUCCCUGAACUGAGACAAGCUAGAUCAGAGACGGGGAAAUCUUACCCUAGGUCAUCCGACUAGGAUAAGCUUGGUCAGAGACUGGGAAAUCUUACCCUUGGUCAUUUCUGGAAUGGGACAAGAUGUGCCAGAUACAGGAAAAUCUUACCAUGGUCGUCUCUGGACUUGGACAGGCAGGGUCGUGAAAAGGAAAUCUUAAUGUGGGUCAUCUCUAGACUGGGAUAAGCUUGGUUAGAGAUGUGGAAAUCUUACCCUAUGUCAUCCAGCAGUCAAUCUGGUAUUAAAUUCUUUUAAAUGUUUCAUGUGACUAUUACCUAUGUCUUAAUCCUGUUUUGGUUUUGACAUUUUUUAGCAAAAAAAAAUAUAUUCUCAGCAUCAAAGAGGAAGGUAGGAUAAACUCUUUAUUAACAAAAGUAGAUGUUAUCAGCACAUACUGAUAGUUUCCGAUCAAAGUCAUAUCAAGUCUUGUCCAUUACUGAAUAAAUAUGGUUGUGAUCUUAUAAAAUGAUUGGUUGACAGAAAAUUUUGUAAACAUGCAUCAGUAAUUUGAUAAGCUAGAAUAAAGGAGUAAGUUUGGUAAGGGCCAUAUUUGGCCCUAAAUAUUAAGUCUACAGUUCGAAGAUAAAAAAAUGUUUCAAGUUGAUGAGAAGACAGUGGUAUAUAACUAUUUUUGUGCAGAUUUUUGCUUUUAAAGCAUUAACAUUUACAAACCAAAUAGACCAAAAGUAGCGAUUUUGAUAAAAUUUGACAAAAUCAUCUGAAUUUUAAGCAAAUUUAAACCAAGGAAACAAAGAGUGCAGGCUUCGACAAACUAAAUAUUCAAAUCAGAUAUGUAAAAUGUUAUAACAAACAUGUUAAAAAAUCUUUCUUGUUGACGAAUGCACUUUAUGUUUCCAGUCGAAGUAAUCAAUGGAAAUUUACCCGUUAUCUUGAAUUUUUGUGGAAAAUCAAACUUUCUGCUAUUGGAGCUAUUGAAGCGUCAUGAAAAGAAUGCUAAUUUAUAAAUUUUCAACAAAACGUUAAAUUUUCUACUUAGUCACUGUGUUAACUAUGAUUCAUUGUUAUAUUGGUCAAAUGAAUUCUUACUUGAAAUUGGAGCUAGCAAUAGGGGCCAUUUUAGGGCCUUAUCGAACCUACUGCUCCUCUGGUUCACUUUCUGUUUGAGGGUAAAGAAAUGUUAAAGAUUAUUAUUUACAAAAGGAAAAAAUAUGACUAUGACAUUGAUCAUUUAACAGCAACUAUUUCUUGGAAAAAAAACUAUGAUGAAAUUAUUUCACAUUCAUGAAAACAUAAGAAUUAUAGUUGGGAACAUAUAUUUACUGAAGAAAAAUUUGGCUUUGUAAAGAAAAUCAUUUUUGGCUUUAAAAAAAACUGCAAAACAAACAACAACAAAAAUAGGUUAAGAAUAUGUACAUCACUGAACAGUGUAUUUUGAAAUGUACCGGGUAAGAGCUAAUUAUAGCCAGAUCUUUUUUAUUUUAAAAUAUCUGCAUUUCAUGAGAUAUAAGAAAUUGAUGACUUGAAAUUGAUUUUGAAAAUAAACUCAAGAUUUUUUGUGUAAAAGUAUAUUUUGAAUAUCCAAGUUCCAUAGAAUCAGUUAUACACUGUCUAUGACCUUUAGAGGUGAAACUUAAAGGUAAAGUAUAUUGGAGGGGUAGAUAGGGUGGGAUGUGGAGAGUGGGUGAUGUAACAGGAGGGGAAUAACAAUUAUAUUACGACAUUAUUGGAUGAGAUGUGGAGAGGGGGUGAUGUAACAGGAGGGGAAUAACAAUUAACCUACAACAGGAUUGGAUGGGAUUUGGAGAGUAAUGUGAUGUAAAGAGAGGGGAAUAACAAUUAUCCAGUACAUGAUUGAGUGAGAUGUGGAGAAUGGAUGAUGCAGAGGGAGGGGAAUAACAUUUAUCCUACAACAUGAAGCCAUAGAUUAUUGUUGUCUUUCAUUAUUGUCAAUUUUAUUGAAAUUUGUUGUAUGAAUAAAAUAUAGAUUCAAAAUAUACAA